CCACGGGACACAGCUCGCCAGCCGGACCGCCGGCCGCCCGACCCACCGACCCACCGACCGAGGGGCAGGCAGACAGACAGACAGACAGAGGAGGAAGGAGGGCCGGCAGGAGGAGCGGGCCCCCCCACCCGGAGCCGGAGCCGUGCCCCGCUGGUCGGCUCGGCUCGGCUCGGACCGGACCGGACCGGACCGUCUCGUCCCGUCCCGGUGGUCUCGGGCCGUGUCGGCGGGCAGCAUGACGGCCUUGGCACUGUGGGUGCUGGCGCUGGCGGCCCUGGGCGUCGGGCCCUGCUGGGCGGCGCAAAUUGCAGCUACCAGCUUCCCUCCUGAAGAUCUAGACGGAUCUGGGGAUGAUGAUGACAAUUUCUCUGGCUCUGGAAAUGGGCCUAUGCCAGGGGUCUCAGUGAUCGAGCUGAGCCUCCCAACAAGAACCAACACAUUGUUAGCAUCUGUAUCGGCAGUAUCCACAACCUACCCACCCAUCCAUGAGGAAGAAAGAAGCACAGGAGCAACGCUUACCUCCCCGUCGACAGAAGAGGAUAAUGAGAGACCGCUGGUUCUUAGUGAACAUACGCAUGAGUCCUCUUAUCCUGAUGAGGGGACUACAACCGGCCCUGCUAAGGGGACCACAGGGCACCCAACUACUCAGCACCCUUCUACGAUCAAGGUUACCACAACGAGACUCGCCAGCACAGUCCGCAACACUGACCUCCCCAGCUCCCGUCGCCAAAAUGCCUCUCACAUCUUCCCAGGCGUGUUUGACUCUACUCUGGAGAGAGGCAGCGAGGGAGCUGUGACUGCUUCGGCAUCCCCCGAAAUGGCUUCUGAGACGAUGACCCCAUUCGCAGAGACCGAAGGAUCUGGGGAUACAAGUGAUUUUCACUUUGUUGGCCCCAGUGAGCCACCAGUUGUAGAAGUCCAGCCUGACCCAAGGAAAGAGACCCCAGUGGACAAGGGGGCCACGGGAGCGGCACAGGGAAUACUGGACAGGAAGGAGGUGCUAGGAGGGGUCAUUGCUGGUGGAUUAGUCGGGUUGCUGUUUGCCAUGUUCCUGGUUGGGUUUAUGCUGUACAGAAUGAAGAAGAAAGACGAAGGAAGCUAUUCCUUGGAUGAACCGAAACAAGCAAAUGGAGGGUACCAAAAGCCACAGAAACAGGAAGAAUUUUAUGCAUAAACGUACUUGUCUCUGGAACAGAAUUUUCCCCUGGAUUUCCCCUGCUCCUUCCAUCCUGCACAUAGACUCUUAUUUUUGUCUCUUCCAUUAAGAACUUCAAGCCAUAUCCCUGCCUCCUUGCCAUUGGAAGUCUUACUCUAGGUACCAAGUAGAUUUGGACUCAGUGCCUGGCCUGCUUUCCUGCACAGAGUUCACUAAAGGUGGGACUGCAAUCUACUGAGCUUGCUUUGGUUUCUGUCUAAAAACUGCCGAGAGAGCUGGGGGAAGAGAAGACUCUAUUAUUUGGCCGCUAGAAAACAGCAAGAAUUAAAGCUAGCAAUUCCAUCUCCAUUCCUGUCAACUCAAAAUCCUCCUUGUUUUAACCUUCAGAGCCACUUCUAGAGAUAUUGAGUGAUUUCUCCAUUAGAAAUGAACAGUGGCUAAACCACCUGGAAUUCUUCGGUGCUUCUGGUUGGCAUAACUAUAGCACUUACUAGUGUACGUAACCGCCAGGCGUUGACUGCGGAAUAUUUGUUCUAGGUCAGCAUUUACCUCUAACAGGAUUCACUGUGCAUUGUGGGGAAAGUAAUUUAGAAAGAGAACUUCUUUUGCACAUUGUCCGCCGUUUUGCUUUACCUUCAAGUUUGACACUCUGAGCUCAGAUUUGUUUUUGUUACUAAAGAUUAGAAUUCUACUGCCCCCGGGGUAAAUCAAAAGAGCAGUCUUUUGGUGUUAGGACAGUUCUGCCUCCUGUUUUGUGUUUGUUCUGCUUUAUUUUGUCUUUUGAGGUACCAAAUCUUCAAGCCAAAUGUUAGUCUUAAUUUUUAUGAUGUCCUUGCAAGACUGUCCCCUGGGGCCGCAACAGGGUAGCAGCCACGUGGGACUUUUCCUUUUGUGCCCAUGAGCCCACCACUGGCUGCCAACGAGGAGUGGCAUUUUCAAACUAAAUGUGCCUGUAUAAUUACAAGUCUAAAAUAGCUGACCUGCUGCUGAAUGGAAAGAAAAAGGGCACAUUGAAUUGGAUCAAGUAUAAUGUCGACUCCCUGGUUUUUUGGCCCAGGUUGCAGAGAAGGAAGUGAAGAUGGGUAGCCGAUGUUCCACCUUCCCGCCCCCCAAGCCUUGCAGGGUUCCCCUAGACCAGACUGUAAAAGCCACAGAGCUUUCCUGGCCAUUUGGAUUUCAGCCCAUCCUUCCCUUCUAUCUUUGAACCAUCUUGCAUGUCUAAUUCCUUGAAAUUCACAGGAGGGCUAGGAAUUGCAGACAGCACUGCCAGUUGCCUUGAUUCUCAGUGCCUAAAAUGCCUAGGCUGAAAGAUUAUUUCUGGAACCGCAAGCCAGGCCCAAGGGCAAGUACAUUUCCCAGAGAACCAGGAAAGCUUUUUGCUUUUGGCAAAACUGUACUUAAUCCAAUGGGUUUUUCCAUGUACAGUAGAUUUUCAUAAUGUUAUAAUAAACUUUAAUAUAAAGUAAGUAGUACAAAUUAAGAGUGCUUUUGGUUCUGUUUCGUACAUGCUGGUGUUGUGGAUGUUGAAUCAUCCUUUUAUCAAAAACCCAAAUGUUCACGUUAGGGAGAACUAUUAGGUUAAAAUGUACCCUCGCUGUAGUUUAGUGUAUGUUUUGCUUUCAACUGUGUGUUUCAUUUUGUGUGUAUCUGGAUGAAUGAAAUAUGUGUUUUUCCCCUGUAGUAAGAAGUUUUAGGGAGAUUGAGAUCCAUAUUUAUGUUGCCAACCAAAAACCUUAAUUGUUAGUUGCAGCUUAUCGAUCCUAAGUUGUUUCUUUUUUUGUCGCUUGUCCCAAAUAACGCUUGCACUAGUCUCUUCAGUUGCCAAGAAACAGGGACCAAAUUACCAUUACAAGCCUGUAAUUGAUGGAGAACUGGCAAAGGUGGCUGCGUUCAUUGCAUAUUUUGUGAACGUGUUAAGCCGAGAACAGUUGGAACCGACCAUUCCAACCAAAGGUGAUUGACAGUGGUUGAGUCUGUGGGGCUUGGCUAUCGACAACAAGAUCUACAUCGUGGUUAGUUUUGGUGUUGCCGAGUUCCUUAGUCAAAGCUAGAAAUUUUAGAAAUUAUUUAUGGACUAGCUCUCCCCUCACUCUCCAUUUUUUUCCCCCUCCCAGGUCCCUUUCCCCACUCCCACCCUAGCAUAUGUGCACGGAGCUGGUUAUUCCUAAAUGUUCUCAAACGGAAGGUGAAUUCAGUCCAUUGCUGGGGCUUUUUUUCUACUCUACUGCGAUGUAGCAUCCUAGUGGUGAUUGACCCACACGGUUGUAUUUGCUGCCUUCUAAAGAAACUUCUCAAUACAGGUGGAUAGUAUUGUUUUCCUGAGAGGGAGAGAAACGUUUUUACCAACUAAAUGUUGUCUUUUUAUAAUCUAGGGCAAAUGCCUUUUCUUGACAGCUCUCUGUUGAGAUGAAAGCCAAAUGCCACAAUUUUGAAUAUUUGGUAACUUAUAACUGGAGCUCUUCUACAGACCUGAGAUUAUGCAUUAUUAAAUGAUGUAACUUUAAAAGUGCUAAUUUCUGAUUUUGAUGGGAAACAUUUCAGUUGACUCUCUGUAUGCCAUUUAGACAAACAGGUAAUAAAUGGCAUUUGCCAUUUGGGG